AUGAACGAAGACAACUAUUUCCUCAACAUGAUGCAACCAGCUACACACAUAUUCAGGAAACGACUUCUUGUUCAUCUGCAAAACGAUAAAAAAACCAAUGAGGAGAUCGGUCGUCAAGAGCAGGCCCUACAAAACCAUGGAUUAGCAGCACAUAAGACUGUUGAUUCAUCAGGAAGGAUCAUUAUCGCUGGAAAUAUAGCUAUAACUAUAAAAGAGCUCAGUACUAUACCCACUGGACGGCUCAAGAAACAGACUGGCGAAACUAUUCUGUAUUCGGGAAGAGAUGAUAACAUACACCAAAGUGGUGUUGCACUUGUGAUGACAAAAGAAACGGCUGGUUGCUUAGAGAGCUGGAUGCCAGUUAGUGAUAGAAUUAUGACUGCACAAUUCACUUCAAGAUACAUCAAAAGGACAGUGGUUCAAGUAUAUGCACCAACAAAUGAGGCAGACGAAGAGACAAAGGAUAGCUUUUACGAUAUGUUACAGAAGGUCACUGACGAGACUCCAAGGCAUGACAUGAUUAUGAUGAUGGGCGACUGGAACGCUAAGAUCGGGGCCAAGCAGGAAGGGGAAGAUGGUGUGGUGGGGCGACAUGGGCUUGGAGAUGAGCGGUCAGAAAAUGGUGUUCGUUUUGUUUCCUUUUGUGCAGCUAACAACCUAGCUAUUGUGUCAACAAUGUUCCCACACAAGAACAUCCACAAAUACACUUGGACUGCUCCUAAUGGGAAGACUAGAAAUCAAAUCGAUCAUGUGACAAUGAAUGGCAAGUUCAAGAGAUCGGUGAGGGAUACGAGAUCUUAUAGAGGGGCAGACUGUGGAAGCGAUCACAACCUAGUUAUCACAACUGUACGACUUUGUUUGCAUGGGAUAGUUAGGAAUGUAAGGAAUUCCAGGAGAUAUGACACAGCCAAACUGAUUAUACCGGAAGUAAGACAGCAGUUUCAAAUUAAGUUGAGGAACAGAUUUAGCUGUUUAGCUGAUGAAAGCACAGAAGUUAACGAACAAGAUGUAGAGACUCGAUGGACUAAUAUAAAGGAAAGUUACAAGAAAACAGCUCAGGAGGUCUUAGAAUACAGGAAAAAACAGAGUAAGCCCUGGAUAAGCGCUACAAGUUGGAAGAAAAUUGAUGAAAGAUCUUGUAAAGCUAAAGCGGAUUCAACCAGGUCAGAAAGACUAAAAGCAGCAUACAGACAAGAAUACCAAGCUAAAGACAAGGACGUAAAAAAGCAACUUAGGAGAGACAAGAAAAAUUGGAUUGACCAAAUUGCUAGUGAUGCAGAGAAAGCAGCCAAAACAGGCAAUAUGAAGGCAGUGUUUGAUGCUACAAGACAACUUUGCAACAAACCAAACAGAAGAACAAACUCAGUAAAGAGUAAAGAGGACAUCCUACUAACAAAAGAGGAAGAGGUAAAGAAAAGGUGGAAGGAACAUUUUGCUGAAGUCCUGAAUAGACCUCCCCCCACACGAUUGGAAGUGGAGAGUGUUGCUUAUGAAACAUUAGAAAUUGAAACAGGUCCCGCUACACAUGCAGAAAUUAGGAAAGCUAUACAGCAAUUAAAGAACGGAAAGGCUGGUGGUGUUGAUGGUGUGACAACAGAACUGAUGAAGGCACAUAUUGAAACUACAGUAGCUGCGUUGUGCGAAUUGUUGUCGAAGAUCUGGGAAAGUGAAAGAGUACCUGAUGACUGGAGAUGUGGGUUGAUCAUUCGCCUUCCCAAGAAGGGAAAUCUUAUGGAAUGUGGAAAUUGGAGAGGAAUAACACUGCUUCCUGUGGCCGCAAAAGUAUUAGGCAAAGUGAUUAUCACAAGAAUUAGGGACGCUGUUGACACCAGAACAAGCUCAAUGUCUUCCUCCACACGAGCCUUCAACAUAUUUUAA